UACAGUUCCCUUACCGCCAUUGCUACUUCUCCGGUCGCAGUUUAUUUGCCACCAUUGCUGAAGUCUCGAGUUCUCCAAAGCCAUUGAGCCAAUAAUUCUUUGGUUCAGCUCGAUUCUGUUUCUGGAAACCACUAUUGACGAAGUACACCAUUGAAAAAGUUUGAAGCUUCGAUGCCGUCAACAACUACAGACUCAGUAGAUGAAAUUGUUGCAGUUGCGAUGGAGACGCUUGCAGUGAUUGAAUCGAAGAGGAAUCACCCUCUUUACCUACACCCGUCAGAUACUCCGGGAUCUAUCUUGACUACGAUUCAGCUUACUGGUAGCGAGAACUAUUCUCUAUGGAGUCGAUCAAUGCUGAUUAAUCUCAGCGCGAAAAGCAAGAUAGGUUUUGUGCUUGGACCUGCAAAAGGAGUGAUUAUACAUCUGAUUUGGAGGAACAAUGGGGAAAAUGUAAUGCGUUUGUACUUGCCUGGAUUAUGAACACUGUCUUGAAGGAGUUGCUAAGUGGAAUUGUAUAUGCCUCUGAUGCCGCGAUUGUUUGGGAAGAUUUAAACGAGCGAUUCGAUAAAGUCGAUAGAUCAAGAAUUUACCAGCUUCAUAGAGAGAUUUGCACUAUCCACCAAGGUAAUUUGAUUGUUUCAGCUUACUUCACUAAAUUGCGAUUACUAUGGGAUGAAUUCAAUGCUCUUGUACCUCCACCAUCAUGUAGCUAUGAUAGAUCUAGAUCUUAUAUGGAUCACAUUCAGUACCUAAGUUUGUUUGGUUUUCUAAUGAGAUUGAGUGAGACAUAUGGACAUGCUAGAAGCCAUAUUUUGAUAAUGCAUCCACUACCAAGUGUGGGUAAGGCAUACACAAUGAUAGUUGCAGAUGAAAGUCAGAUAAUCACUUCAGGUACACGCAUAGGGGGAGAUAUGGUUGAAAACAUAGCUUUGUAUACAGGAAGAAGAGGUUAUAAUCCUGGACACAAUCAUACUGAUGGGGACAAAGUUGAAUCACCAAUGUAUCCUAAUCAGGGUAACUAUAAUGGGAAGAAGAAAGUGAAUUGAAACUUGUUUUGUGAUCAAUGUAAGAUGUAUGGUCACAUUCAGAAAAUAUGUUACAAACUCGUUAGAUAUCCUGAGGGGUGGAAAUUCAAGAAGAAAACAUCUGAACAAAAUUUCACCAACACAGCCUGCUAAUGAUUACAGCUCCAUUCGUAAUAAUCUGCAAGCAUUUGCUGCACAACCAAAUUUCACUCUCAAUCAGUAUCAAAAGAUAGUACACCUACUGAAAGAAGAGGAGCAAAUUGCAGGAACAACCAACAUGGCAGGUAAUUCUAAUAAAACUGCUUUUUUGUCCAUUAAGGAUAAUGAAUAUGCUGCUAGAAAGGAAGAUUGUGUUGUUAUGAAUGGUAGAACUGAACCUAAUUGUAUCAGAAAGGAAAACUGGAUAGUAGAUUCGGGAGCAACAUGCCAUAUGACUUCUUCACUAAAAACAUUGAACAAAGUAUACACAUCAAAUAGAAACAUUGGUAGGAAAGUAUAUUUACCUAAUGGCCAAUCAACUUUAAUGACUCAUUCAGGCAGUUGUGUUAUACAAACAGGAGGAGAAUUGGAGAAUGUCCUUGUAGUACCUGAAUUCAAACAUGAUUUGAUGUCAGUAUCUCAAUUAACUAGACAUUUGAACUGUUCUGUUCAUUUUUUUCCUGAUUUCUGUGUAUUUCAAGACCUCUUCAAUGGAGAGGUAAAAGGGAUUGGUAAAGAGAUUGAAGGAUUAUGCUUCUUCCCUAGACAAUUCUCAAGUAUACAAAAACAAACAGAUGUUGGUGAAACCAAGGCUUUGAUGACACACUCAGAUAAUUCACAGUGUAUAGUAUGGCAUAAUAGGCUGGGGCACCCUUCUAUCAAAGUGCUGAGGUAAUUGUCAUUGAUAAAAGAAAACUCUGAUGUAAGGUUGUGUGAUAGCUGCUCAGUCUGUCCAUUAGCAAAGCAAACCAAGCUCCCAUUUCCCUCUAGUAUGUCUGUAACAAAUGUUAUUUUUGAUCUAAUUCAUCUUGAUGUAUGGGGACCAUAUAGAUGUAAUAUUCAUAAUGGUUUUAGAUUCUUCUUGACUAUUGUUGAUGAUCAUUCAAGAAUGACUUGACUGUUUUUUAUGAGACUGAAAAGUGAUGUUCUUGGUACCCUAAGAUCCUUUUUCUUGCUUGUAGAAAAUCAGUUUAACAAAAGAGUUAAAAAGAUAAGGUCU